AUGACCGACCCCUUCGUCGCGGACUCGCACAUCCUACAUCGCACCUUUGCGGCACGACCCUCUAAAGUGACCAAAGGAAACGGAAUAAGCUUCACAUUAGAAGAUGGCAAGCAAAUCAUCGACGCAAGUUGUGGUCCAUCCGUCUCCUGCCUCGGCCACAGCCAGCCCGAAAUCUUCGACGCAAUCACCAAUCAUCUCCAAAACGACAUCGCAUACGUAUACUCCGGUAGUCCAUACACGAACCAGGCAACGGAAGACCUAGCCACGCUUCUUCUAUCAUCGAAGCCGGGCGGUCUAUCCAAGGCCAUCUUCGUUAACUCCGGCAGUGAAGCGACAGAUGCAGCUUUGAAACUUGCUGUGCAGUAUUGGCAUGAACAGGGCCAGCCGCAGCGGACGCAUUUCAUUGCUCGGAAGCAGAGUUAUCAUGGGAAUACGAUUGGUGCGCUUUGUGUCUCUGGGCAUGAGUCGCGAAGAACGUUUUAUAAGGAUUUCAUGUCGAAUAAUGUGUCUUUUGUUGAUCCUUGUUAUGCGUAUCGGAUGCAGGAAAAUGGGGAGGAUGACGCUGCAUUUGUGAAGAGGUUGGCGAAUCAGUUUGAAGAGGAGAUUUUGAGGGUUGGUCCCGAUAGGGUUGCUGGGUUUGUGGCGGAGACUGUUUCGGGGACUACGCUUGGCUGUGUACCUGCUGUUGCGGGAUACUGGAAGGCGAUUAGAGAGAUCUGUGAUCGCUAUGGGGUUUUGUUGAUUUUGGAUGAGAUUAUCUGUGGUAUGGGCAAGACUGGUACCAUGCACGCUUGGGAGCAAGAGGGAAUACGGGGUCCCGAUAUCCAGACCAUUGGGAAAGCCCUCGGUGCAGGAUUUGUUCCGCUGUCUGGUGUCUUGCUACACGAGAAAAUCUUCAAAGCAUUGUCCGCUGGCUCUGGGGGACUUGCACAUGGGCAUACUUUCCAGGCCCAUCCCCUCGCUUGUGCGGCAGCAAUUGCGGCUCAGAAUAUCAUCCAGCGAGACAACCUACUGCAGAGAGUCGUGGACCUUGGCCAAAAAUUGGAGACACUGCUCCGAAAAGAGAUCGGCCCUCUUCCCCUGGUGGGAGAUAUUCGUGGCCGUGGACUCUUCUGGGCCGUGGAGUUUGUCCUAGACAAACACACAAAAAAGCCAUUCUCCCUUGGAGACGACUUCUCAAACAAGGUUGUUGCCAGUGCUCUCAAACGUGGGGUCAACAUCCUGGGUAACCUCGGUCAUACCGGAACUUAUCAGAUUGACCAUGUCCUUGUUUGUCCACCCUAUAUCUCAACGGAGAAAGAAAUCGAGGAGAUUGUGGCUCUUUUAAAGGAUGCUAUUGUGGAGACAAGUGGAGCUUUUGUCUGA